AUGGCUUGGGAUAAUGAUCUAUUAGCAGUUGAUCCACUCUCUGAUGAUGCUGAAGUUGAACAAGAACUCAUAGUCCUCAUUGACCGAAUGCUACAUAUUUCUGAUCCCCUGACCGUGGAAGAUGAAGAUACUCAAGAGCCAGAGAAUAAUGAAGAGUCUGAAUCCUUGAUAAAA